AGUUGGUGCCACGUAAACAGUAAUAUUGUUAUUUAUGGAAAGUCAGCUUUAUAAGUUAUCUAAUCUUCACCUUCAAGAAAAGGCUUUUUUCAAAUAUUCAAUAAGAUCUACGAUCCGAUUAACAUAAUAAGUUUCUAUUUCUUAGUUUGGAAUAGUCUGCGACUUUGGUGAGAAUCUGAUCAGGUUAUAUGGGUCAUUGCUUUUCGUUGCCGUCUUCAUCAUCGGAGAUUCAUGAGGAGAAUGAGCACGGUGAUGGUAAUGCAGUGGUGUGUUAUGGAGAAGAUCAGUUUGGUUUAGAUCAUGACCUUCCGGUUCAUCGUCUUGGUUCGGUUUGCUCUAUACAAGGAACCAAAGGACUGAACCAAGAUCAUGCUGUUCUUAACCUGGGAUAUGGAACAAGAGAUACAGAGCUAUGUGGAGUGUUUGAUGGGCACGGUAAAAAUGGGCACAUGGUUAGCAAAAUGGUGAGGAACAGAUUGCCAUCGGUUCUGUUAACACUAAAGAAAGAGCUAAACCAAGAAUCUAAUGUUUGUGACGAAGGUCAUAAAUGGGAAAAAGCUUGUUUUACAGCUUUCAGACUCAUUGAUAGAGAGCUUAAUCUCCAAGUCUUUGAUUGCUCUUUCAGUGGCUCCACUGGUGUUGUUGCCAUAACUCAGGGAGAUGAUCUCGUGAUAGCAAACCUUGGUGAUUCGAGGGCAGUGUUGGGGACAAUGACCGAAGACGGUGAGAUAAGGGCAGUGCAGUUAACAUCGGACCUAACACCUGAUGUCCCUAGUGAAGCAGAGAGGAUCAGGAUGUGCAAAGGUCGUGUUUUCGCAAUGAAAACAGAACCGUGCAGCCAAAGGGUGUGGUUACCAAAACAAGACAUACCAGGAUUAGCCAUGUCAAGAGCUUUUGGAGAUUUCAGGCUCAAAGACCACGGAGUUAUUGCCGUUCCAGAGGUUUUUCAACACCGAAUAACUUCUAAAGACCAGUUCCUUGUACUCGCUACAGACGGGGUUUGGGAUAUGCUUAGCAAUGAUGAAGUUGUAUCACUAAUAUGGAGUUCCGGAAAAAAGCAAGUUGCGGCCGCUAAAUCGGUGGCAGAGGCGGCUGAAGCUACUUGGAAGAAGAAGCUUAAAUCGACGAAGAUUGAUGACAUUACUGUAAUAUGUCUUUUCUUACAGAACAAGGAACAAGUAAGUUGGACCAUGCACACUUGAAUCAUAUUUGUAAGAUACUACGCAGUCUACGCUAUGAUGUUCGAAGCAUACUUGUCGCACAUCCUGCCGAACCAAGCGCAAAUGUUAGAAAAAUCCAAUGUAAAUUUUUAGUUAUGGUUGUUAACUACAUGUGUUAAUUGUCAAGUUCACAAAUUUUAACUCGGAACCGAGUGAAAAUAGUUUGAUAUUUAAAAAUUUAAGUGACGAACAUUCAGUAUAUUUCGCAUUUUGUAAAAAGUAAGUAUUCAAAUGGCA